AUGAAUGAUAAUUCUUCGGGCGAGGAACGCUCUGCGGCCGAUGUAUGGGUUCUUCCGGCCGAAGAGUUGCACGGUUUAUGGGAAAAUCUCAUAUAUGACUCCCAGCUUAAGGAAGAUUUCUGGAAUCGAUUUGUGCUGUUACACGGCCCGCCGGGUACGGGAAAAACCAGUUUAUGUCGCGCGCUGGCUCAGAAGCUGGCAAUCCGUCUCUCGGAUAGAUUUCCUCGGGCGCGUCUGGUCGAGAUCAACGCGCAGUGUCUCUUUUCUAAAUGGUUCUCUGAGAGCGGUAAGCUGGUGGCGAAGCUUUUCGAUCGCAUCCGCAUGAUACUCGAAGAUCGGCGGCUGCUUGUGUGCACCCUCGUUGACGAAGUGGAGUCGCUGACACACGCGCGGCGCGCGACGCUCGCCGGCCUGGAGCCAUCGGACUCGAUCCGCACCGUGAACGUGAUCCUGACGCAGCUGGAUCGACUCAAGCGGUACCCGAACGCGCUCGUAUUGACGACUUCGAACGUGACAGAGGCGAUCGACGUGGCGUUCGUGGACCGCGCGGACAACAAGCGGCUGGUGGAGCCGCCGUCGGAGCGCACGGCGUACGAGAUCCUGCGCGGCUGUUGCUACGAGCUGAGGGCGCACGGGGCGGUGGCGCCUCCUCUGCUGCUGUGCGCGCCUCUGUUCUCGCUGCGCGUGCUGGAAGGGGUGCGCUUCGUGGAGAGCGACGGGUCGCGCGCCAGCCUGCGGCUGCUUGAAGUGGCGCGCAGCACGGCGGCGGCGGGCGCGUCGGCGCGCGCGCUGCGCCGGCUGGCGGGGCGACCGCGCUGCCGCGCUUCAUCGACGUUCGACGCGCUGCGCGCCGCUCUGGCGCAGCAACUGCGCGACGCAGCCUACCUCUGCAACAGCCCCGCCCCCACAUCACCAUCUUUCUAA